CCUCGAUAUAGUUAAACUGACUCUCCUGACGUGAACUAGCUAACACACAUUGUGUUAGUGAACCACGUAAAUCAUGUGUCGUGUGCUUUCGUUUUUCAUUUUCUUACUUUGUCGAUUCCGAAGAUUUCCCGAUCCGUGGCAGCGCAGUUUUAACAAGUGGUAUCAGAGUCGAGGCUGGAAAUCAGGCUAGGGCUUCGAGAGAGAUCAGACAUAAGGCGUUCAGAUCUGGUACAGGUGGAGAAGCAUCAGGGUUGGCUGUCACAGUUGGAAAGGGAAAGAAGAUAUCUGGUAAAGGGAAAUCUAAGGGUGCCAGACCACAGCCAAGCGAUGCCUGUCACAUCUAUAAGGAAGUGUGGCAUUAAAAGUACAACUAUACCAAGAGAAGAGGGCAACAGAAGAAGCAAGGUUCAGUUGCCGUGGCAGAAGUGGACAACAGUUCUGAAGAUGAUAUCUCCUUGGCUGUACAUGAGAAGGCACAUCAUGGUGAUGUGUGGUUUCUGGAUACUGCAGCCUCAUACCAUAUGUCUCCGAACAGUGAUUGUUUCACAAUCUACGAGCAGAUAGAUGGUUUGUUCGAAUCGGGUCAAUAAAGGUUCGGAUAAUGACAAUGGAGCUGUCUAUAAGGUUGUUCGAAUCGGGUCCAAAAGGUUCGAAUACAUAAUGGUUUGUUCUAUACCGUGAUUGAUGUCAGGCAUGUUCCACGAAUGACAAAGAACAUGAUAUCCUUGAGUCUACUCGACAACAAGGGUUUCAGUUUCAAAGGAAAAGGUGGAGUUGUGUAUGUCUGCAACAGUUUGAGGAAGGUACUGAAAGGCAUGAAACGUGGUACCUUGUAUGCAUUACAAGGAAAUGUGUUGUCAGAUUCUGCUACAGUUGCAUCAUCUCAAAUUCAUCAGGAAGAUAUGACUACUCUCUGGCACAUGAGACUAGGGGAUUCAAGUUUUUUCAAAGAGGGAUCCUCAUUGCGGGCACAAGGUGUAGAAUUUGGAAUUCUGUGAGCAUUCGGUGUUUGGGAAGCUACAUCGCCGCAAGUUUCCCAAGAUGGGUAUCCACCGAACGAAUGGGAUACUGGAUUACCUCCACUCUGACUGUUGGGGUCUUUCACGAGUUGAAUCUGUAACACCCUACCUUGUAUGUUUUGCCUGAUCAUAUUGUUCAUACAUUUGCAGUAGAAAUAAUCUAGGGUGUUACAACAAUUACCAAAAUUUACCCAAAUAAAAUUUUGACAUGAAUUACUCGCGUACUGGGCUAACAAUUCUUGCAACUAGACAUGUACAAUAAUUUAUCCGAAUAUCUGCAUUCGUAAAUAUAAAUAUAUAUCCACAACCAUAUACAUUGGCUUUCAUAGCUAUAGUCACAGUUUUCAUACUCCACAACUGCAUACUAUACUUAUACAUGCCAUAAUCAUCACAACUUACACAAUUACACAACUAUACACAUAUCAACAACCUUCCACACCUAUGGAUACCUCACACUACAUCAGAAGCAAGUAUGCACAUGAAAAACAUUCUCAAACCAUUUUUACAAAAGAGGUGCGGAUCACUGGCCAAAAUCCCAAGUAGUCGUCCAAGCAUAGAAUGGUUGAAGACAAUACCUCAUUCUGCCUUCAACUCCUCGUUCUGCUCACACCUAUGUAGUUGCUACUGCUACUGCGGAUGAUCUGAUUACACAUAGCAUAAGUAGAGGAAAGGAAUAAAAGAGGGUCGGCUCAUAACUGAGUGAGAUAAUCAUAGCAUCGUGAGUUCAUAACAGAGCAUACCCCUACCAUACAUCUAGCAAACAAGCCAAAGCAUUAGGAUCGGACCUCAGUCAUCCGACAUCCCAAUAGGCAAAAGACUCAACCUCCUUGACUUAUGCAUAUGCAUCUUAUCAUGUUUUAAUCAUAGGCGCCAUGCUACUCCCAUGCUAAUUACUCUCUCGGGAAUACAGACCAAACAUCUCGUGGAUGUGGUCAUAUCAGACCCACCAUUGCCGGUGUAGUCAUAUCGGGCCUGACACCACUCUGGGUGUGGUCAUAUCGGACUCAACACCACUCUAGGUGUGGUCAUAUCUCAUGAUAAAUCAACAGUCAACACCACAUCAGGGGUGUGACAUAGCAUAUCAUAACGGAGUAAUAGCAUGAGAAGCCCUAAUUACUAUGUAUUGACCAUGAGACCAAAUCACUCUUAUUUGGUAUCCUUAUACAUGAUCCAUAUCUCAUCUUGCUUAAUCAUAAUUCGUUACGUGCACAUGUAUUUGACCUGACCAUAAUUGGCUCGUAUAAUUGCACUUCCUCGGGAUAAACCCUCGUGCAAGUCAUCCUCCUUAAACAUCAUAAUAUCACCAUGAGAUAUAUAUUUUCCCACUUGUGCAUCCAAACACAAUAAUCAUGAAAAAUCAUACCCAAUCACCUUCUCCAACUAUCAUAAAGCAUAUCCACAAUUAAACCCACAUCUUGCAACAUAUAUGCAAUCAUCAACAUAAACAAGGUCCAUGUCGAUUAGGGCAAGUCAAUAGUAUCAUACAACAAUCCAUGGUUCAUCAUAUAGCAGAAAAGUCCAUACACCCCUAAUCAUGCCAUUCUAGUUCACCUGGAUCACUUCUAAGCAUAAGUAUAAUUAUUGUGAUACGACAAACCCGGUAUGCCGUGCUAAUCCCUCACCAGAUCUAGUCGUUCAAACACCGGUUUUAGCCUCCCGUACUACAACUUCAAUUUUCUCAAACAAACCCGGAAUCAAAAUCCAAGAUUUUCCUAAUAUCCCCUCAAGUGUUCCCAUCAAUGUUAGUUCUAGGCUCUGGGUCAAAUUCUCGAUAAAAACACAUCAAACCCUAGCCGGAGCUAAAAUCAGUGAUUUGGACCCCGGCCUAAAUAAGUGUCAAAAUUCAUG